AUGGCGGCGUGCAGUAUAGAAGACGUGCUCGCUAAAGCUGAGAAAGACGAAGCCGAAAAGCUUAAAAGUAUCAGUGUAGAUAAAGAAUUAGAUCUCGAGUUUGAUAUCGGAAACCUUCUGGCUCUGGAUAAGAACCCAAUCAACAGCUGGGAGUUAAAAGAGAAGAAUAAAGAUGAACGUUUGCGCGCAUUAGCCCGGGAUAACACCCAGCUCCUCAUCAACCAGAUCUGGAAACAUCCGACUGAGAGAGUGGAGGAGGUGAUCGUGGUUAAACUGCCCGAACCAACCACCCAGCUACCACGAGAAAAACCCGUUCCUAAAGCUAGACCCCCUACCAGAUGGGAGCAGUUCGCUAAACUGAAGGGUAUCCAGAAGAAAAAGAAAACCAACCUGGUGUGGGACGAGGUGCAUAAGGAGUGGAAGAGGCGAUGGGGCUAUAAACGGGCUAAAGACAACACUAAAGAGUGGCUGAUCGAAGUCCCACAGACUGCUGAUCCAAAUGAUGACCAGUUUGCAAAAAGAAACCAAGCCAAGAACGAACGAGUUGCCAAAAACGAGUUCAACCGGCUGAAAAACAUCGCCAGAGCUCAGAAGAUGAAGGUACCUGGCAUGGGCCUGGCACCCACCGGCAAGCAGUCCAAAUCGGAACUGGCCAAGGCGGUCAGCGUGGCAAAGAGCUCCACGGCUUCUGUAGGCAAGUUCCAGGAGAAGCUGCCUAAAGAAAAACCUGCAAAAAACUCAGGCAAGAAGAGACAGUUCCAGCCGCUGAUCGGAGACUUUGCUGGAGAGAAGCAGAAACAGCUGGACAUGCUGAAAGUCAUGGACAGUAAAAAACCUCGCCUGGACAUCACCAAAGCUGUCAACAAGCAGAUGAGAGAGGAAGAUGGUGAAGCUUCAGCGGCGAGGAGGAAGGGGAAGAAGGGACGCAGAGGAAACCCUCCUGGAAAAGGGAAGCGCGGCCCUCCAGGAAAGGGGAAAGGAAAGGGUCAAGGAAAGGGGCCAGGGGCCAGAGGCAAACAGGGAAACCCUGGCAAAGGAAAGCAAAGAAAACGUUAAAAUGAACCCAGAUGACUGAGUCUUCAGUAUGAUCAAGGACAUGUUUUCCAAGCAGACUUGAGACUAGUGACUUUCACGUACAGCAUGUGUUCUCUUGUUUUGGUCUGUUUGGAGCUAGAGCAGCAUAAUAAAGUGAUGUGUUAUUAAACUUGGAAACAUUUUUAUAGUAUUUUGUAUCAUGAUAUCAAGUUAGCAAACAAAACACAAGACAAACAGUGCUACAUGUAAACAGGGCUACAUUCAUAAACAGUAAUGCUAAGGCAAGGCAAGUUUAUUUGUAUAGCACCUUUCAUACACAGUGGCAAUUCAAAGUGCUUUACAUAAAGAAAAAAAUUAAUUAAAACAUUCCUGAGAUCUAGAACCUCAGAAAGACUUCUUGCAAACAUUGUUACAAUUAAGACAACAUAAAAUUCAAACAAGAGAGAUAAAAAUUAAGAACAUGAAAAAUUAAAAGAAAAUAUUGUAAAAUAUACCCUACAAUUUGGGAAAUACGAAAUUAAAACAAGAGAGAUAAGCAAUUAAAUGCUAAGUGCAGACUCCUAAUUUAAAGACAUGUAAACAAUAAACAACUUUUUUAUUAGUAUACUUUUUAGAUUUUAUAAUACGUUAUUUUCAUUUUAAAAUACAUUUUGUAUCAUGAUAUCAAGUUAGCAAACAAAACACCAGUUAAACAGUGCCACAUGUAAACAUUGCUACAUUUAAGGCGGCAUGGUGGCUAAGUGGGUAGCACUGUUGCCUCACAGCAAGAAGGUCCUGGGUUCGAUCCCCAGGUGGGGCGGUCCGGGUCCUUUCUGUGUGGAGUUUGCAUGUUCUCCCCGUGUCUGUGUGGGUUUACUUCGGGUGCCCCGGUUUCCUCCCACAGUCCAAAGACAUGCAAGUAAGGUGAAUUGGAGACACUAAAUUGUCCAUGACUGUGUUCGAUAAUAUAACCUUGUGAACUGAUGAAUCUUGUGUAAUGAGUAACUACUGUUCCUGUCAUGAAUGUAACCAAAGUGUAAAACAUGAUGUUAAAAUCAACAAACGUUCAAACAUUGCUACAUGUAAACAGUUCUACGUUCAUCAACAGUAAUGCAAAGUGCAGAACGUCUCAGGAAAGCUAAAUUUAGCUCUGUUAGCAUUAUGAUACUUAUUUGAAAUGCUUCCUUGGUAUUUGUUUGGUUUUCAAAUAUUGUAAUUCAAUCCACUGGCAAGUUUUAUGCUCAUUUGCUCCUGUAUUGUUAAAAGAUGCAACAUAAAGUGUCUUGUGAUAUGAUUCUACUUUUUAAACCAACAUACUUUGCUUAAUACAAGUUUGUUUGAAUCUCAAGAGUCCAAAGGUGUUUUUAUGAAGCCCUCCUGAGUGGUUAAUUGCUAAUGUACAUAUUUACUGAAAUUAAUAGAAAGCAGCUAGGUUCCAGGAUUUACAAAACUACACACUAAUGUUAGUUUUGGGUUUAUGUACUGUGCUGAACCAAGUAAUGUUUUAAAAUCCUCUUAUCUUUUGACUUUAAGCAACAUAAACAGUAAGUUAUAUGCAAUCAGAAAAAAUAACACAUGCUGUAACAUGCUAUUGCAAUAUAACAUUAUAAUCUAUUUCUCUAUCAUAUAACUCAUAACAGUUUUGAUUUUAAAGAUGCUGUUGUGUACAAUUUAGCUCAGCCUUCAAAUUCUUCAAAUAUCAUAUCUAUCAAAUGUUUAAAUAAUACUACUGCUACCAAAUAGGGUCGAACAAUCAAUUGAAAAUGAGAAGAAUGUGAUUUUAGAUCUGUUUACUUAUGAGCUGCUAGGUCCUUGGGUGUGUUUGUUGUCAUGACUUGAUUAAAAAGUGCCUUCUUAAUAAUAAAAAUGGAAAUUACUGAUAAAA